CGUGAUUGGGCAAUCAUCCAGUUACGUCACAUCCGCCGUUAGCUAGUCUCUUGUUUAUCUUUUUAGCUAAUGGAUGAAGACAGCCUUCAACUUCUCGAAAAUGCCCACACAGAAUUUAACACCCGCAAUUUUAAAUCGGCGGAGGAUCUUUAUUCUAAGUUUAUAUCCUCUUGUUCCCGGUCCAGCAAAUGUGAAGCUGGCAAGUUGGCCGCCGCUUACAACAACCGUGGGCAGAUAAAGUACUUCCGGGUGGACUUUUAUGAAGCAAUAGAGGAUUACUCUUCUGCAAUACAAGCUGACAGUCAGUUUGAAAUUCCUUUCUACAACAGAGGUCUCAUACAUUAUAGAUUAGGGUUUUUUGAUGAUGCCAAGAGGGAUUUCCAGCAAGCCCUAAAGCUCAAUCCACAUUUUGAAGAUGCCAAAGUGAGCCUGCAGCAGACACUUCUUGACCAGCAGCAGAAGAUUAAUAGGGGAUACUAAUUUUUUCCUAAAAAUAAAUAUAUAUUUUAAUAUAUUUGGGUUUUGCUUUUCCAGAUUCUGAAUAUUUCAUAUAAAUGGAACCAUAAUGAACAAUAAUAAAUCAGAGAUCCCUA